AUGGCGAACAAUCAGUUCCAUCAACCCUACGAGAUGCACCCAUUCGAGGCACGGUCUCAGGAGGAUCAAUCCUCAGCGAUCCCAUACCAGCAGUACGCGGGCCAGUCUCAACCAGCCUUUGAUCAAUAUGGCGUCCCAGCCAAUCACUUCGAUCAAAGCCGAACGCAAAUACAGCCGGCCUUGACGUACCCUCAGCAGUACGUAUAUGCAUCGGACCCAAGUCAUGACGCUGUCUACCCGGUAGAUCAGCAGUGGUACCAGCCAGGAUCCCAAGAUGGUAGUCGCGGCAUCAUAACGGACCAGCAACAGAGCCACUCCUCUGCUGACUCGUCGAUGCCUUCGCCAUACCCACAAGAGAAGCAUGAUGAACGCCAGGGCAAAAAGUCCAGUUGGUGGCCAUAUGGGAAGACCGUCGAAGAGAAGGUCCGCGCCAACAUGGCGAGCCAGUUCGACGGCAAGCGUGGCUUCAACGGCCAUUUGUACAACAGACCAAACAGGAGCCACGACACAGAGCAAGGCCACGUAGUCCUGGACAGGCCCGACAACUACGGGGGUGCAGUGAACAAGGACGAAGACGGCAAGUUCAUCUACCUAAACAGCUUCGGCCAGAAAGAGAAGAAGUUCAGCGACGUCGCGACGUACUUGUCGCCCACCAACUACAGGCCCAAGCGCCUCGUCGUCCAGGCCGCUGACUACGUUCUUGAGAAGAAGCUCGCGGGCGGCGACUGGCGCCGGAGGAAGAUGAACGGCGACGUGCCGAAGGUCCUCAAGAUAUCGGAGUGGGCCCUAAGACCAUUCCAGAAGACAGGCGUGUGGCACAAGAUCAACGGUUCGGCGCGUCUGUUGGCGGCGUCCAUACCGCUGCAGCUGUUGAUGGCCUUCCCGGGCACGUCAUCCUGGGAGAACGAGGAUGUCAAUGAUACGUAUACCGAUCACCCCGGAUAUUCGUGGCAAUGGGCGAAGCACGCAAUCAACCCUCUUGACCAGAGACCCGACUCAACACGACGCGCCGUCUCACAAGACCUCCCAUCUAGUCGUAAGCGACUAGUCCGGCCACGCAAACUCUACGUCCGCCAGCCAGAUGAGCAGUGGAAAGUGGUCGAUAACCCGCCGCGGAAUCUGCGAUACGUCUUCAUCAGUUACGCCGCGAAGUCAUUCCGGCUUGACGGCGGCAAGGGCCAAGACCAGAUCCGCAGCAUGGCAAAGGCCGCGACCCUGGACGCAGGCUGCACCGCCUGCUGGGUCGACACCGACUGCAUCGACGUUGUCGACGGCGCGCAGAAGGACGUCGACAUCUACGGCAUGUGCGACGUGAUCCGCGCCAGCCGCCGCGUCGUCGUCAUUCUGCCCGACGACCGUGUCGAGACGCGCAAGUUCUGGGGCUCGCGUAUGUGGACGCUACCCGAAGCCCUGCUGGCGCCCGGCACCGAGAUCCACUUCUUCGCGCGGGUGGAUGAUGGCUAUACUACGAAUCGCCUGUCGCUCAUCGAGAUGACGGGCGAGAUCUGGGACGACCCAGCCGACUCUGAGGCCGCGGGCGGCGCGACGCGCCUGCUGGCCGAGCACUUCUCCAACGAGCUGACGCUGUCGCGGCUCGAGCUCUUCACCAAGGCUGUGGAUGCGUGCGUCGACCGCUCACGGUUCAACUACAAGAUAUGGACACCCAAUGAUGUCACGCUCGCAGUAAUGGGCCUUCUGCACUACCGCAUCGAGCGCGACGACCAGGACUCAGCGUUCCAAUCGCUGGCGCAGCUCUCGCUAGGCAAUGACAGCGAUCGCAUCAUAGAACGUAUGGUCUCGCUGUACCCCGUCAACAACGGCCGCGGCGAUGGGGACGACAGCGCCUUCAACCCGUUCUACACGCUCGCAAAGCCUGACCAGUUCUCGACGCACCUGUGGGACGUGCAGCCGACGUGCUACGCCGUGGGUGUCGCGCAUGAGGACAACACGAUCCUGUUGGACUCGUGCCGGGUCAUGCAUAUUCGCUGGAAAGGGUUUCCUCGAAUCGUGGUCGCGCGCGAUUACGGCCUCGGACGCCUGCUAGCGACCGUGUUCGUGACGGCGGGGACGUGGUGGUUCCUGCAAGGCAUAACGCUUGCCGUUUACUACGCGCCCUUCUUGGCGGAGCUGACCGUCAGCGACAGCACGUUAACCUUCAUCGCGUGGCUGGUCGCGGGCGUCUUCUUUGUCGCCGCCCUCCUCAGCGUCUUCGGCCCGCUGUCGGUGCGCCGCCUAUAUGGCGGACAGGUGUUGCAGAGCACGAGCAACCUGGUCGGGUUCGAGGGCGUGGUGCCGCUGGCCGAGCUCGAGCGCCUCGUCUUUGGCAACGUCAACGGCCGGCUCAACUACGAGCCCUCGUCGACGCCCAUCUGCGCCAGCUGGCGGGAUGCCAACCUACGCGUCGGCCGCGAGCCCGACUGGGUCACCGCCAAACGCCCCGAGGACUGCGGCCCGCUGCCCGAGGGCCACCGGCUGUUCACGCUUGUGGACACGGGCACGCUGGGCGUCAGCAUCUUCAGCGCGGAGCGGCCGCCGACGGUGGCGCUGCUGUGUGGCCGCGAGGGCGGCAUGCUCCGCGCCGUGCUUUGCAGCUGGCAGUUUGAAAACGACUGCCUGUACAAGGAGGCCGUCGUGCGCAUGCCCAGCAGCGUGCGGGAUGCGGCCAACCUCAAGGGCUGGCUCAAGGUGUGCCUCGCGACCAUGGACCAACAGCGCGGCAUCGAGCGCGCGAAGCGUAUGGCUGAGGUCAGGGCGGAACAGGAGAAGCUGAUGGGGAUAGGGCAGAAGCCAGGGAUGCGGGUUGGUGUCAGUGAGGGACAGAAGAGUCAGGCUACAACGAUGGGAUACUAG